GGCGUCCUCGGAGCAGGCAGAGCAGCCGAGCCAGGAGCCUGCCACUUGCCAUCUUGAACCAGCUGGAGGAAUGUGGAGGCUGGAGGCUGGCUCCAAGACCCACACAUCAGCUGCAGUUGUCUGGAUAUUAUCUGUAGAUAAUUGGAAAUUGGUUUGAACAUCAGUACAGUAAACCAAUCAUAACUCUCACAAACUGCUUGUUUUAUUCUUUUGGAGCCAAGCUCUAGUCCAGGAAGUGAAAAUGUGAUGCCUCGAGAACCACUGAUUGCAACAGCAGUGAAGUUUCUACAGAACUCCCGUGUCCGCCAGAGCCCCCUUGCGACCCGGAGAGCAUUCCUUAAGAAGAAAGGCCUGACCGACGAGGAGAUCGAUGUGGCCUUCCAGCAGUCGGGCACGGCGGCCGACGAGCCUGCGGCCCUGGGCUCAGCCGCACAGGUGGUUCCUGUCCAGCCCCCUCACCUCGUGCCUCAGCCGUACAGCCCUGUGGGUUCCCGAUGGAGAGAUUACAGUGCCUUGGCUGUCAUCAUGGCGGGCAUCGCAUUCGGCUUUCACCAGCUCUACAAGAAAUACCUGCUCCCCCUCAUCAUGGGCGGCCGCGAGGACAGGAAGCAACUGGAGAGGAUGGAGGCGAGUCUCUCGGAGCUGAGUGGCAGCGUGGCACAGACAGUGACUCAGCUUCAGGUGACCUUAGCCUCUGUCCAGGAGCUGCUCAUUCAACAGCAGCAGAAGGUCCAGGAGCUCGCCCACGAACUGGCCACCGCCAAGGCCACCACCUCCACCAACUGGAUCCUGGAGUCCCAGAAUAUCAAUGAACUCAAGUCGGAAAUUAACUCCUUGAAAGGGCUUCUUCUGAAUCGGAGGCAGUUCCCACCCUCCCCGUCAGCCCCGAAGAUCCCCUCCUGGCAGAUCCCGGUCAAGUCCACGUCGCCCUCCAGCCCGGCCGCCGUGAACCACCACAGCAGCAGCGACAUCUCGCCCGUCAGCAACGAGUCCACGUCGUCCUCGCCCGUGAAGGAGGGCCACAGCCCCGAGGGCUCCACGGCCACCUACCACCUGCUGGGCGCCCAGGAGGAGGGCGAGGGGGUGGUGGACGUCAAGGGCCAGGUGAGGAUGGAGGUGCAGGGCGAGGAGGAGAAGAGGGAGGACGAGGAAGACGAGGAGGACGAGGACGUGAGCCACGUGGACGAGGAGGACUGCCUGGAGGUGCAGAGGGAGGACCGCCGGGGCGGGGACGGGCAGAUCAACGAGCAGGUGGAGCGGCGGCCGGAGGGCGCCAGCAACGAGAGCGAGCGGGACUAGGCCGUGGCGUCCCUCACGAGGUGGCCGGGCCUGGCCCCUCCGGUGGCUCGGGGGGCGCUUUGAGCAGGUGGGGGCACAGGCCGGGGCAGCGUGAGGCGCACACCGGCCCCUGUGCGCACGGCCCGGCGCGGGCUGCACCUGUCCACCCGGCCUCGCCUGCGCUUCCUCAGCUCCGCCCACCGACGGCCAUGACCUGUUCUCCUGUCAGGCGAGGGCCCCGCCCGGUCUCCUGGACCCGAGGCUUGUCCAGGCCGUGUCUGCUGAGCAUCUUAGCUGACCUAACACCGUGCAUGACAAGAGGUAGCUCCUACCUGACUGCUGGCCCUCGGGGGGCAGCAGCGUGACCCGUUGUCUGCUGUCCGCCCCCUCCCCGCCCUGGCUCCUCCCUUCGUUUCAUGCUGGGGGGGGCAGGGGCUCUGUCCCCAGGGCUCCUUUCCUCUGGCCAGGGCCUGCCAGGCCGCCUGUCCCAGCCCCACCGUGCCCUGUCCGCCCAGACCAGUGAAAUCACCGCACUUGUGACUGUCCCUGCUUCGUGGCGAGGUGUGGCUGCCGCUCUCGUAGGAGCCAGGCGUCAGGGCCUUCCUGUCUGUCCUUCGGUCCAGAAACACGUUCAUUUGUGCGAUCAGGUAUAGGUUGAGAAUAUGAGAUGCGACUGUACAUAAUUGUAAUAAAUGAGUUGCCACU